GAAUUCUCCGUCACCUAGGCGCGAAACUGCGUCGUUUUACUCUCAGAUUUCUACAGCGAGCUCAGAAAUGCUCCCGAGGUGGAGCAGAGCUCUCACUCAGCUCUCGCGGCGCGGCCUGAGCCACGGCAGCGAGUUCUAUGCUGUUUCGGGCCGAAGCUACGCCAAGGCCGCCGUGGCUCCCGUUCUGCCUGAUGCUCCGACCGAGCCAACGGUGAAUUUGGACAAGCUGUUCUGGUCCAAGCCGUGCUCACUGGCUUUGCCGCCGGAGUCGCCGUUGAGGAUGGAUGAGCCGCAGUACGAGGGGAUCAUGCGUGUGUUUCUGAAACUCAUGUUGUUUUACAGCAAACAAAGCAAGUCCAUUCGGGGAGCCAAUGUGGUGUAUAAGAGAGUCGUUUCUCAGGUUGAUAAGCCGGCGAUAUACGAAGUGUUUAAUUUGGAGAAGACGUUUAAGACGAAUUACGCCUUGCUUGUACUCCAUAUGUGGCUGUGCUUGCGCCGGUUGAAGCAAGAGGGAAAAGAAGGUGUUGAGUUCGGGCAGUAUGUGUACGAGAUUUACAAUCAUGAUGUGGAACUUAGAGUCUCUAAGGCUGGGGUCAACUUGCUACUGAGUAAAUGGAUGAAAGAUUUGGAGAGAAUAUUCUAUGGAAAUAUCGUUGCUUAUGAUGCUGCUGUGCUUCCAGAGGCAAGGCUGGAUGAUCUGCCAAAUGUCAUAUGGAGGAAUGUCUUUUCUGAUGAUGGUUCAUCGAAGCCAGAUGAGGCUGCAUCACGAACUGUCCAGGCAAUGGCAAGAUAUGUUCGUCGGGAAAUUAGUUGCCUGUCCUUAACAGAUAAAGAAGCCAUGUUUUCUGGCAAUUUCGUGUUUACUCCGCUAAAGAUCAACAAAGCAAAUUUGGAGGGAUCCAGAUGAGAAAGGACCCUCUAGUCAUCUGGAGAUUUUCCUUGUUUUGGGAGAUAGUUUCCAUAUAAGAACAAAUCAGUCAUUCACUUAUAAAAUACUACACAAUAAAUCCUUUGUAUAAUCAAGAGCGACCGUUUUAUUUUUAUUGGUUAGUGUCCCAUCAAGUAAUUUGCA